CUGUUCUCGGCCCAUUAGCAUCAUUACAUUGCAAAAACGUGGCCAACAGUCCCGGAGGACCUUGCCACCUUCACAGUCUCUUCCAUCAUCUCUGUCUGGUGGCCAUUAUCCCUCUUUAAACGCUGAGCAGCAUUCUAUCACUCACAAUGCCAUUCAAAGAACACAAUCGCCAGUAUGACCUGGUUGUCUUUGGAGCCACGGGAUAUACCGGUAAAUUGGCAGCCGAGUACAUCAUUGCCAAUUUCCCAGUCAAUUUGAAAUGGGCGAUUGCCGGUCGUUCUGAGUCAAAGCUCCAAGCAAUCGUCGAGGACUGCAAGAAGCUGAAUUCAGAUAGAAACCCUCCAGCAAUUGAGACGGCGGGAGUGGAUAGCUACGACGAAAUGAGUGCGCUGGCGAAAAAGACAUUUGUCAUGAUUACAACUGUCGGCCCGUAUAGCGCUCACGGAGAGUAUGCAGUAAGGGCAUGCGCCGAAGCUGGUACACAUUACUUUGAUGUAACUGGUGAGACACCAUGGGUCUAUAGAAUGAUUAAGAAGUACGAAAAGACCGCUAAAGAGAGCGGUGCUAUUCUCAUCCCACAGAUGGGACUGGAGUCUGCUCCAGCAGAUCUAUGCACCUGGUCUUUGGCUCAAACACUCCGGAAGCAGCUGAAUGCUAAGACAAGAGACGUUAUUAUUUCGAUCUAUAAUCUGCGAGCGGCUCCCUCUGGAGGCACCGUUUCAACUGUUCUCACCAUCUUCGACCAUUUCACCCUGAGUGAGCUGGCAGAGUCUGGAAAACCGUUUGCCCUAUCCCCUAUACCUCACCCAGGAGAGCCAAAGCGACACAAUGCCUCCAUUUGGCAAAAGAUAUUUGGCGUCCACUAUGUGCCUAAUCUUGGGACCGUCACUACGGCCUUUACUAGUUCUGCCGACCAAGGACUAGUAGAACGCUCAUGGGGCCUUUUAUCAGAGAUUCCUAGCCGGAAAGACGAGUUCUACGGGCCCAAUUUCCAUUGGGCGGAAUGCUACAGGCCUCGCAAUUGGCUGUAUGGAGUUAUUGUUCAUUGGGUAAUCGUCAUUGGCAUAUUUCUGGUAGCUACUGGAAAACCUGUGAGGACUCUGCUCCGAAAUGUCGUUCCGGCACCAGGCACAGGACCCUCCAAAGAUGAAAUGGAAAAGGAGGAAGUUGAAUGGCGUGGCAUUGCGAAUCCAGAUACGGAAUUACCUGCUGAUAGGCAAGCCUUUUGCCGAGCUUGGUAUUAUGGUAGCAUGUACUCGUUGACGGCAAUGUUAUGUAGCGAGGCAGCUCGAACAGUCUUGGAGGAUGACCUCGAGCUUGAUGGAGGCUUCUAUACCCCGUGUUGUCUUGGGCAGGGCAUUGUUGACCGUGCUCAUAAUGGAGGCUUCAAGAUGGAGACGCGAAUUCAGCAGAAAUGAGCCCUAUUGGGGUUACCAUGCGCUUUCUUCAAGAGUCACCAAGUUUGAUUUGAUCGUCUAUAUAUGCGGAAAUGUAUCUCAGUAUGUGGCUUGUAGUUGGAAGACAUUGAAGACUAUCCACGUAUUCAUACCUAAAUAGCACUCAAAUGCUUAACGUGCUGAGAGCCGUGUCGCAAAUUCAAUGGUAGCGGUAAUACUUAAUACUAAGCGAG